AAAAAUUUGUGAUUGAUUUAUCGGUAAAUUGCCUCCUUUCUUGUUUGGACUGAAUUUUAACUAUAAGUUAAUAACCUAGUUGGAGUAACAUUCAUUCCAAAGGAGUGGCCUACCACCAUGUUCAAUUUGCCCACCAAACCCUUUGAUGUGACCAUAUGAUUACAUUACAUACCAAAUUGACACAAUAGCUUAUUCAUGGCCCAUAUUCAUUCCAUGGGUUUUCUUUUUUUAUCAAAUCGCCACGUUCAUUAAGGUAACUAAAAUAUCUUUUGCAUAAAAAAAUAUUGGUGUCCGAUGUUCAACAAAGCCUACUGAAAAAUUGGGGUUGGUGAAUAGAUUGUCUUGUUAGGAGCCUUUAACUUAUUUCCUCACAAUAAUUUCUUCUCUAUUUAUCCCAUAUUUCUUUUUGACUUCCUAUAUUUUGGAUUAACAUCCUAAAUGGUCAUGAGAUUGUGUUUAAUACACCAAAAUCAUCACUCAUAUUAAAAUGUAACGAAGUGGACACUUACUUUUUUUUUUCAAUUCGUGACAAAAUACUCAAUUUUCCUAAAUGCAUCAAAUUUUUCAUGAUGUGUCCGCUCAUGAUCCAUAAAAAAUCCGUCAAAUUUUUCAUAUCCUUUUUUUUCAUGAUGUCUCUCCUGUCUUUGCUUUCAAUAAUGGACCGCGGUUCUCAUGGGUAUGAUUCGGUCCGGAUCGGACCGAACCGUUGCACACCCCUACUCCGAACCUUAGUGAGACAUAUUUGUUCAAAAUCAAAGUUCCACUGACUGAUUUGUUAAUAUGACCAAAGUUGAAUGGCCUUUCAUACAAUAAACCCAUUAUUUCAUUUUUUUUUUUCUUCUUCUUUCUUUUCUACUUUUCCUAAAGUUUUCUUUUUUCCGCUAAAAGGAUAUGAAAAACGAAGACAGGAGAGAGAAAGCAAAGCGAGGAGGAAGGGAGCGGAAGGACAGCAGUAUAAAUGAGCCAAGUCUCCAGCCCCAUAUUCUCGCCAUUCACAUCUCUGGGACGCAAAUCCAUUGGCUCUCUGAGUUUCGCCUUCUCCUUCCGUUCCCCAGCAGCCACCCCAUCUCCGCUUUCCCUUCGUUUUCCGAUCUCCCCUUCUUCCCCACCACCGUUCACUCGCCUUCGCCUCACUUCCCUCAGAACAAUGGCGUCCCACAUUGUUGGUUAUCCUCGCAUGGGGCCCAAAAGAGAGCUCAAGUUUGCUUUGGAAUCUUUCUGGGAUGGCAAGAGCAGUGCAGAAGACCUGCAGAAGGUUUCAAAAGAUCUCAGGUCAUCCAUCUGGAAGCAGAUGGCUGAAGCUGGCAUCAAGUAUAUUCCCAGCAACACCUUUUCAUACUAUGAUCAGGUUUUGGACACCACAGCAAUGAUUGGGGCAGUUCCUCCUAGAUAUGGAUGGAAAGGUGGUGAGAUCGGGUUUGAUGUAUACUUCUCCAUGGCCAGGGGUAACGCUUCUGUUCCUGCUAUGGAAAUGACCAAGUGGUUUGAUACCAACUACCACUACAUUGUGCCCGAGUUGGGACCGGAUGUUAAAUUUUCAUAUGCAUCGCACAAAGCAGUUGAUGAAUACAAAGAGGCUAAAGCUCUUGGAGUCGACACAGUGCCGGUUCUCGUAGGACCUGUUUCUUACUUGCUGCUUUCAAAACCUGCAAAGGGUGUUGAUAAGAACUUUUCUCUUCUUUCUCUGCUAGAUAAAAUCAUUCCAGUUUACAAGCAAGUUGUAUCCGACCUAAAGUCAGCUGGUGCUACCUGGAUUCAGUUUGAUGAGCCCAAGCUUGUGAUGGAUCUUGAAGCACAUGAACUGAAAGCCUUUACUCUUGCCUACUCGGAACUCGAAACAUCCCUAUUUGGUUUGAAUGUUCUCAUCGAGACAUAUUUUGCUGAUGUUCCAGCAGAGGCCUAUAGUGUUCUCACAUCUUUGAAGGGUAUUACUGGGUUUGGGUUUGACCUUGUUCGUGGAGCCAAGACCAUUGAUCUGAUUAAGGGUGGAUUCCCUUCUGGAAAAUACUUAUUUGCUGGUGUUGUGGAUGGAAGGAACAUUUGGGCUAAUGAUCUUGCUGCUUCUCUUGAAGUUCUGCAUUCUAUUGAGGGCAUUGUUGGUAAAGACAAGCUUGUUGUUUCCUCAUCCUGCUCUCUUCUACACACUGCUGUUGAUCUAGUCAAUGAGACCAAGUUAGAUAAAGAGAUCAAGUCAUGGCUCGCAUUUGCAGCCCAAAAAGUACUUGAAGUAAAUGCCUUGGCCAAGGAACUUAGUGGUCACAAGGAUCAGCCAUUCUUCUCGGCUAAUGCUACUGCUCUUGCUUCGAGAAAAUCCUCUCCAAGGGUUACAAAUCAGUCUGUUCAGAUUGCUGCUGCUGCACUAAAGGGCUCUGACCGACGCCGACCCACAACUGUGAGUGCUAGACUGGCUGCUCAGCAAAAGAAAUUGAACCUUCCAAGUCUUCCCACAACUACCAUUGGAUCAUUCCCACAGACGAUGGAUCUUAGGAGGGUUCGCCGCGAAUACAAGGCUAAGAAGAUUUCUGAGGAUGACUAUGUGAAGGCUAUCAAGGAGGAAAUUAACAAAGUUGUCAACAUCCAAGAAGAACUCGACAUUGAUGUUUUGGUGCACGGUGAACCAGAAAGGAAUGACAUGGUUGAGUACUUUGGUGAGCAAUUGUCGGGCUUUGCCUUCACAGCCAAUGGCUGGGUUCAGUCUUAUGGUUCUCGUUGUGUUAAGCCUCCAAUCAUUUAUGGUGAUGUGAGCCGCCCUAAGGCCAUGACGGUAUUCUGGUCAAGUACUGCCCAAAGUAUGACCAAGCGACCAAUGAAAGGAAUGCUUACUGGGCCAGUCACCAUUUUGAACUGGUCUUUUGUUAGAAAUGACCAGCCCAGGCAUGAGACGUGCUACCAAAUCGCACUUGCCAUCAAGGAUGAGGUUGAGGAUCUUGAGAAGGCUGGAAUAAACGUCAUCCAGAUUGAUGAGGCUGCUUUGAGGGAGGGGUUGCCUCUAAGGAAGUUGGAGCAUGCUUUCUAUUUGGAUUGGGCUGUCCACUCCUUCAGGAUUACCAACUGCGGUGUCCAAGAUACUACCCAGAUCCAUACUCACAUGUGCUACUCAAACUUCAAUGACAUCAUUCUUUCAAUCAUCAACAUGGAUGCUGAUGUAAUCACAAUCGAGAACUCCAGAUCAGAUGAGAAGCUUCUCUCGGUCUUCCGUGAAGGAGUCAAGUAUGGUGCAGGCAUUGGCCCUGGUGUGUACGAUAUCCACUCGCCUAGGAUCCCUUCCACUGAAGAAAUUGCAGACCGUGUGAGGAAGAUGCUUGCUGUCCUUGAGAGCCACGUUCUCUGGGUCAACCCUGAUUGUGGUCUCAAAACCCGCAAGUACGAUGAAGUCAAACCUGCACUCAGCAACAUGGUUGCUGCUGCCAAGCUCCUCAGAGCUGAGCUUGCAAAUGCCAAGUGAGAAAGUUUGGCUUCAAGUGGCGGAAAAGAGUUGCUGCAGCUCUCCGAUAUGUUUGUGAAGCUAAAGGAAAUUUAUGUGUCAAAGUGGAAUAAUUAGCUUCUUUCUCUCUUUCGAUGAGAAAAGCGUUUCCUUUUUUACUUCACUUUCUCUUCUCUCUUCUAGGAUUGUAUGGUGAUGUAAUCUGGUCCAGUCCUUCAAGGAUUUUGUCCCUCAAAAGUUCUUUAUCCUAUGAAAAUGCUGCUUUUCAUUCUAUCCCCCGUGUUAUCAGGGUGUGUUGUUCCUUGAAUUAACCGUUGCCUGAUUU